CUGAUCUGAUCUAAACAUGGAUGACAGCUGUUGUUGGGGGAGCUCAGAUUAUGAAAUCUUGGCAGAAAUCGGCCAGGGCGCCUACGGGAAAGUGUACAAAGCCAGAGAGAGGCGCGGGCAGCAGCGCUUCGUAGCGGUGAAGAGACUCAACAUCCCCGAGGAGCCGGAGUCUGGCAUCCCUCAGUUCGCGAUACGAGAAGUGGCUCUUCUGCGAAAAAUAGAGCACUUCAACCACCCCAACAUAGUCAAGUUGCUGAAUGUAUCAGCUGGAUGGCAAAACCAGAAGUUUGACCUGACGCUGGUGUUUGAGUAUAUCGAUCAGGAUCUGACCACAUUUCUCAGCAAAGUAUCAGAAAAAGGCCUGGCCAGAGACAAAAUCAAGGAUGUGAUGCGUCAGCUGCUCAGCGGACUUGACUUCCUCCACACUAACACCGUCAUUCAUCGGGACCUGAAGCCAGACAAUGUGCUCGUGAGCAGUCGAGGGGAGGUUAAGAUUGCAGACUUCGGUUUAGCCAGGAUAUAUACAUACCAUAUCGCCCUCACCCCAUGUGUUGUGACUCUGUGGUACAGGGCUCCAGAGGUCCUGCUGCAGUCCAGUUACAUGUCUUCAGUGGAUAUGUGGAGUGCUGGGUGCAUCUUUGCAGAGCUCUUUCUGUUAAGGCCUUUGUUUCGUGGAUUCACAGAGAUCCAGCAGCUGCAAAAGAUCUUUGAGGUCAUUGGAUUGCCGGGUGAGGAGGACUGGCCCAUAGAAAGCCCUGUCUGCUACAGCCCUACAUGGGCUGAGAAAAAGCCUACAAAACAACUACUGCCCAGUCUCGCCCAUGAGGAGAAUGACCUGCUCAAUUUUUGA